AAGCCUUUUCGGCUCAGGCGGUUUUGGCCCAAAGGGGCGCCUCAGCACACCUCCCCUCGCCACUCUAGGGGGAGGAAGGCAGCGGGCGAAGAAUGGCGCCCCCUCGCAGGAUGCUCCUGUGCGGCCUCCUGCUGGCCGCGUCCUGUGGGCGCGCCCGCGCCGAGGACGAGGCCGCCGCGGGGGAGAAGGUGGUCGACGGCUUCUCCGCGGCAGACAGGAAUGCGAUGCAGGACGGGGCGGAGAAGCACGAGUUCCAGGCUGAGGUCAGCCGUCUCAUGGACAUCAUCAUCAACUCCCUGUACACCGACAAGCAGGUGUUCCUGCGCGAGCUGAUCUCCAACGCCGCUGACGCGCUGGAGAAGGCCCGGUUCCACAGCGUCCAGGACGACAGCUACCUCGGUGACACCAAGGACCUCGAGGUCAAGAUCGAGAUGGACCCAGAUGGCAAGACGCUCUCCAUCCAGGACUCCGGCGUGGGCAUGUCGAAGGCCGACCUGAUCAACAACCUCGGCACCGUCGCCAAGUCCGGAACGACGAAUUUCCUGGAGGCGAUGGCCGAGGGGGCGGACACCAACCUCAUCGGCCAAUUCGGAGUCGGCUUCUACUCCGCCUUCCUGGUGGCGGACAAGGUGUCAGUCACAUCCAAGUGCAACGACGACCCAGUGCAGCACGUCUGGGAGUCCAGCGCGGACGCCUCCUUCACCGUAGUCCCUGACCCCCGCGGGAACACGCUCGGCCGCGGAUCGCGCGUUACCCUGCACUUGAAGGAAGACGCACACGACUACCUCUCCGAAAGCAAGCUCAAGGAUGUCGCGAAGAAGUACUCACAGUUUAUCCAGUUUCCCAUCUACGUCAAAGUGAAAAAGGAGGUCGAGGCGGAGGCCGACGAGGAUGAUGAAGACGAUGACAAAGAUGAUGAGGACGAAGUCGAAACUAAGGAUGACGAGGAGAAGGAAGAGGAGGAGAAGGAGGAGAAGAAGCCUGAGAAGAAGACAGUGUACGAAUGGGAGCAGGUGAACACACAGAAGGCCAUCUGGCUGCGCAACAAGGAAGAUGUGACCGAGGAGGAGUACUCGGAGUUUUACAAGAGUAUCUCGAAGGACUACCUUGACCCGCUGGCGUACACUCACUUCAACGCUGAGGGGGAGAUCGAAUUCAAGUCCAUCCUGUACCUGCCAAAGAAGGCUCCUUUCGACAUGAUGGACAACUACUGGCAGAAGAAGUCCGAGGUGAAACUCUUCGUCCGCCGUGUUCUCGUGGCGGAGAAGUUCGACGAGCUGCUGCCGAGGUACCUCAAUUUUGUCCGCGGCGUCGUGGACUCCGACGACCUGCCGCUGAACGUGUCUCGCGAGCAGCUGCAGCAGAACAAGAUCAUGAAGGUGAUCUCCAAGAAGCUCGUGCGCAAGGUGCUUGAGCUGAUGAAGAAGCUGUCGAAGGAGGAGGAGUCUGGCGACGACGAGGAAGAGGAGGGCGAGGAAGAAGAGGAGAAGAAGGACGACGAGACAAAGGAGGAAAAGAAAGAGAAGAAAGAUGACGAGGAGGGAACGUUCACAAAGUUCUACAAAGAGUUCAACAAGAACCUGAAGAUGGGCUGUUACGAGGACGACUCGAACCGAUCAAAGCUUUCCAAACUGCUGCGCUUCCUGACCACCAAGUCCGAUGGUAAGGAAAUCAGCUUGGACAAGUACCUGGAUCGUAUGCAGGAAAGCCAGGAGAGCAUUUACUACAUGUCUGGGGACUCAGAGGAAACAAUGAAAAAGGCCCCCGCCCUCCAGAUCUUCAAGAAAAAAGACCUGGAGGUGCUCAUGCUGUCGGACCAUCUUGACGAGCCUUGCAUCCAGAAGCUGGCAGAUUACGAGGGGAAGAAGUUCGUGUCGAUCCAAAAGGCAGACGUGAAACUCGACGAGUCGGAGGAGGAGAAGAAGAAGUUCACUAAGGUCAAGGACAUGUACAAGCCUCUCACUGAUUGGUGGAAGGAGACGCUCACCACACUUACUGAGAAGGGUGCGAUGAAGGAGUCUGGGGUAAAGAUCGAGAAGGUGGAAGUGUCGAAGCGUUUGACCGAUUCUCCAGUGGUUGUGGUGACGUCGCAGUUCGGCUACUCAGCGCAGCAGGAGAGGGUCAUGAAGGCCCAAGCGUUCCAGAACAAGGACCAGAUGUCCAUGAUGGCAGGCCGCAAGACCCUGGAGAUCAACCCAAACCAUCCGGUCGUCGCAGACUUGCUGGCAAAGGUGAAGGCCAAUAAGGAGGACUCCUCGGCUGUGGACACGGCGCAGGUGCUGUUCCAGACUGCGUUGAUCGAGUCUGGCUACGACAUCGCCGACCCCUCCGCACUGGUCAACCGCGUAUACCGGCUAAUGUCCAAGGAGCUGGGCGUGGACCCGGAUGCGCCCCUGAAGGAGGUGGAGGUGCCAGACGAUGAGGAAGAAGCAGAGGAGGAAGAAGAAGACGACAAGGACGAGGACGAUGAAAAGGGCAAGAAGGAGGAGCUGUGAUCUAGUUUUUCUCGGCCGAUCGAUGAGUCUAUACUCGAGGUCCCCAUGCCGGGCGUUCCCGUUGAGGCGGCGAGCGCAUUCCAAGUUUACGCUCCCGAGUAGGUUUCUCAGAAGGCGCUCUCCGUCUCUCUCUCUCUCUCUUUAUCUAUCUAUCUCUCUCUCUCACUCUCUCUCUCCCCCUUCAAUUCUCUAUCCAUCUCCAGCUCGUGAUCCUUCUCAUUUUCCAUGUCCGUGCCAGCCCUGGUGACCAGGACAUCCGAUGGGUUGUGUAUGCUUUGGUGCUUAUUGUUUCAAUCCGCGGGCCCUAGAGGUUUCAUCCUCAGGGACGGUUUUCAUUCCGGAUUUCUGGUUGUUGGCCUCGGGGCCCAAAAACGCUUCCAGAUGCCAAAUUAUAAGAACCAUGUCGAGAUUGUUAGAGCAGCAGCCCGCCCGAUGUCCGAAUACGUGCCCCAGAUUUGUGGGAAAACCCAAAGACUGUGCCCAGUCCCAGCCUGCGCUGCUGUGCUGCCCACCUCGGGUUGGUUCUGGCGCUCUUCGCCUGGGCAACCAUAGACUGGCGGCAAGCUAUACCACACGGCGGCGCCGCUCCCCGCAGCAAAA